GCGUUUGGAGCUAGAGGAGGUAGCGCUUGGGAAAGCGAGUCUUUGAGCAGGGGUGAAGGGUCUAAUGAUGCAGCAUCACUUCUGAAACUUACUCACACCACUUAUAAGGGGCACUGAAUAUUUUUUUUUUUCCACUCUCCGUGUCGUGUCUGUUUAUUUACCUCCUUGCUGGUUGGCGUGUGGGCUUUGCUGUAGUUAAGCACACACCAGUAGCGUUGUGGUUUUGAAGACAGAUAGUACAGCUGUGUAACACAGAAUGCUACCUAGCCAGACUGGGUCGGCACCAGCAGCGAACAGGUCAGGAUCGGGCAAGGGUAACGCGGGUCGCGGGUUAAGGGUGAUUGGGAGCGGGGUUGCUACUAGCUUGGCAAAAGCAGGGUUAGUCGGAGUUAGUACUACUAGCAUCAGCGGCGGGGUUGUGCGAUCAGGCAACGGGGCAGUGAUGUUGGGGGGUAACGGGGCAGCAGGGGGCUCUCGCGGAGGGCAACGGCCCGGGAACGGGGCAGGACUGGCGGGAUUGCAAGGAGCAGGAGCGGGGGUGCUCGGGAGCAUGGGGUCAGUAAUUGGGGGGCAAGGGGUAAGUAGGUUUGACCCCGACCGGGAAACCUCAGCUAUGGUGUUCAGCGGCUCGGAGGCUGAUUCGGACUCUGUUGAUGACGAUGACCUGGCAGUGUUGGGUCAGGGGUCCAUCAGCAGAGGGGUAAAGCGGGAGAGAGCUGAGAUGGAAACUGGAGUAAUUGGGCAAGGAGCCGGGACGCCAACGGGAGGCUACGGCGGGGUGUCAGGUGGGGUGGCUGGGGCAAAACCUGGCAAAAAGACGCGAGGGAGAGUCAAGAUUAAAAUGGAGUUUAUCGACAACAAACUGAGGCGAUACACGACUUUCAGCAAAAGGAAGACUGGCAUCAUGAAAAAGGCGUACGAGCUGUCAACGCUGACGGGCACACAGGUGUUGCUGCUGGUGGCAAGUGAGACGGGCCACGUAUACACAUUCGCGACUCGCAAGCUUCAGCCCAUGAUCACCAGCGAGACAGGCAAGGCACUGAUCCAGACCUGCCUUAACUCCCCCGACUCGCCUCCCCGCUCCGACCCCAGCACAGACCAGAGAAUGAGCGCCACUGGCUUCGAGGAGACAGACCUCACCUACCAGGUGUCCGAGUCAGAGAGCAUUGGAGAGACCAAGGACACCCUAAAGCCUGCUUUCACGGUGACCAGCUUGCCUGGCACCUCCACCUGUAACCCCACGGCGCCCACCACCUCCACCACCAUGCAGGUGAGCAGCGGAGCCUCCUUCCCCAUCACCAACUACCUGGCGCCCAUCUCUGCCAGCAGCAACACCAACAGCAUCACCAGUGCCAACGGGACGGUGCUCAAAACGGCGGCCACCUCUGGGGGUGUCAUGCAGCUCCCCAGCGGCUUCACCUUCAUGUCAGCAGGCACUCCGCUUCCUCCUGGCACCCCUACCAUUCCGAUCAGUCAGCUACAGUCGCACUCGCUGUCUAUCCAGGGUCAGCCGGGCCAGGGCAUCGCGGGGCCUCAAGGGCAGCAGACAGUCUUCCGCUUCCCAGCGUCCGUUUCAUUAGCAGGGGGCACAGUGACUCAGCAGCUGCAAGCAAUCCAGGUCCACUCCUCAACGCAGCACAGCACCGGCACCAGUGACAGCGGGCCUGAGAACUCGCAGGCCUCCCCCGGCUGUGCAGUCAGUCUCCCAGCCACAAUCGUGACUUCAUCUGUUCCCACGACGAUGGCAGGUCACAUGAUGUACCCCAGCCCCCACACGCUGAUGUACGCCUCCACGCCCGCUCUGUCUGACGGCAGUCUGGCAGUCCUCAACGCAUUCUCCCAGGCCCCCUCUGCCAUGCAGGUCUCCCACGGGCAGGUGCAGGAGCAAGGUGGAGUCCCUCAGGUGUUCCUCACAGGCCCUCCAGGAACGGUACAGAUACCUGUCUCAGCUGUGCAGUUACAUCCAGUACGGAAAGAUCUUCAUUUUACAAAUGGUCAUUGGGCAGCAGUCGAGUAACAGCAGUCACCUGACGGAGCUGCAGGUUGUGAACCUCGACGCUGCACACAACUCCAAGAGCGAGUGACUGCCGCCACCUCGUCCCACACUGGUACAGACAGGAGCCCAAGAGAGCAGCAUUUAAGAACAAUUAUUUAUUGAUGCCUGUUCUCCUCACCAUUUUUUUUUUUUAAAUUAAUGUUAUUGUAUUU